AUGUCACUGAUAUCCUUUUCACAGCGACCCAACGCCACCAGCGUGAUUGUGGCCGUGUGCCGGCCUCUUCGGGCUGGUCAACAAAGCCUUUGGACUCUGAUGUUGGAGAACAAAUAUGAAUACUGUGUGUACCAUCCUCCACGGUUCUUCGGGCGCGAUGUUUACAACGGUUCCCUUCUAGUUCCGUGGGGAAAGAUCCAUUGCGGAUCUAUCCCAAACAGGGACCUCGGUCAUGCCAUCAGAUUGAUCGAUGAGAUGAUGCAAGGCCCGUUGGUUCCUGGCGAUAACAGCCCGGACUGGGUGGCCAGCAAUUUGUCUAAGCUGUCCUCCUCAUGCUCGCUAGACCUCGAUUUCGGGGUCGCAGAGAGCCUCCGAUUCAAAAAGGGCGAGCGACUGCCUGGACUUUCGGAUGGUACCGGCUCCAAGAAGAAGCCUUGA